AACCCAAAACAGGUUCUACAUAAGCAACGCCUCCCCUCUUCCUCCCGCGAACUCCCUCCUCACACGUGAGUCGCGACUCCCCGCAACAACCCGCACCUCCAGCCACCACCUCCCCGGUUCCCCCUCGCCGAUAUGGCCUGCUCCCACCUCGCCGCCGCCUCUUCCCCGGCCGCUGCUGCGGUGUGUUCCCCGGCGGCCUCACCCGCGUUUUCCUUCGCGCGGCUCCCGGCGACGCUCCGUCUGGCGAGCAGCGGGUUGUUCGUUAGGGGUGGGAGGGCGUUGUCCCCCGUGGUCGUCGCCGCGGGGCCGGCCGCGGCCGCGCCGGUGGCCGACCUGAACGGCCGCCCGGCCACGGAGAAGCAGCCUAUCAUUGUCAUCGAUAACUACGACAGCUUUACCUACAACCUCUGUCAGUAUAUGGGGGAGCUUGGAUUAAACUUCGAGGUGUAUCGCAAUGAUGAACUGACCAUAGAGGAUGUAAAGAGGAGAAACCCAAGAGGAAUUCUUAUUUCUCCAGGGCCUGGUGAACCACAAGAUUCAGGUAUAUCAUUGCAGACUGUUCUGGAAUUAGGGCCAACCAUCCCAAUUUUUGGAGUUUGCAUGGGUUUGCAGUGCAUCGGGGAGGCUUUUGGAGGAAAGAUUAUCCGUGCUCCUUCUGGUGUGAUGCAUGGAAAAAGCUCCCCAGUUUACUAUGACGAAGAAUUAGGGAAGGCCUUAUUCAAUGGCUUGCCAAACCCUUUUACCGCUGCGAGAUACCACAGCUUGGUGAUUGAGCAGGAAAGCUUUCCGCAUGACGCUCUGGAGGCCACUGCAUGGACUGAGGAUGGACUUAUCAUGGCCGCUCGCCACAAGAAGUACAAGCAUAUCCAGGGUGUCCAAUUCCACCCAGAGAGCAUCAUCACCCCUGAAGGCAAGAGAAUCAUCCUCAACUUCGUCGGAUUCAUCGAGGAACUGGAGAAGCAGCGUUCCGAGGCGAACUAGACGAUAGUGGCUCGAUAGAUCAGGCAAACCAAUAAAGGCGCUUGAGCCGCUUAGAAGCCAGUGCUGACCGUGAAGAGUAAUUGGGAAUUGUCAUUCGUUCAGUUCAUUGUAAUAUAAUCCGUGUGGUCGUGUCGAGAUCUUGAAUAAACUUCAUCCGAUCAAAUAAGGACCGGAUUGUUUUAGGAUUAGAGUAUGAGAAUCCAAUCUAGUAUGUAUAAUCAGUACAAGUUUAUUUUUAUUAUAUUAUGAAUUAUAAGAUUUUAUAAUAUAACUUAGUUUGUAUAUUAUGAAUUGUAAGAUUUUAUAAGUAUAACUUAGUUCGUGGAUUAUAAGAAUUAUCGUUUAUAUUA